AUGGAGGAAGCCCUCAACAGCACCAUUGACCCAGCUUGUUUACAAGAGCCUCCGCUGGCCAUCGAUGUGAUAAAGCAGUUAGAUCUAUUUGGACUUUGCCUGUACUCCAUGCUCACCUUCAUGUCCUGCAUCUCCCUGCUGCUGUACCUGGAGCAGUGCGUCUAUAUUUAUAAAAAACUGCCCUACCCCAAGAAGUCGACCAUCAUCUGGAUAAAUGGUGCAGCACCAGUCAUUGCCACCAUGGCUUGUUUUGGGAUGUGGAUUCCAAGGGCGGUCAUGUUCACAGACAUGACGUCUAACUGUUACUUUGCAGUGGUGGUGUAUAAAGUCCUGGUUCUGAUGAUCGAGGAGUUCGGGGGCAGCGAUGUUUUUCUGAAGCGGUUUUCUGGUGAAACCUUUAAGAUCAGCACUGGACCCUGCUGCUGCUGCUGCCUCUGUUUACCCCGCGUGCCCAUGUCACGGCGAAUGUUUUUCUUACUGAAGAUGGGCGCUCUUCAGUAUGCAAUCCUCAAGACUGUGCUCACUGUCCUCGCCAUAAUAUUGUGGACGAAUGGCAACUUUGAUCUCUCUGAUCUCGAGAUCACUGGUACAGCUAUUUGGAUUAAUCCAUUCAUUGGUGUUCUCACAAUCAUCUCCCUCUGGCCUCUUGCCAUCGUCUUCAUGAACACUAACAGCCAUAUACGCAGCCUCAAUAUUGUACCCAAGUAUGCCAUGUACCAACUAAUACUUGUGUUAAGUCAGCUGCAGACAUCAAUCAUUAACAUCCUGGCCUUGGAUGGAACCAUCGCCUGCGCUCCCCCCUUCUCUUCUCAAGCUCGUGGAUCCAUGCUGAGUCAGCAGAUGAUGAUCAUGGAGAUGUUCAUCAUCACUCUGAUCACUCGGUUUUUGUACCGUCGUACAUAUGACACACUUCCCUCUGAGGAGUCAGAGAAGGAAAAGGCACAGGAGGUGAGUCAAGGAGAUAGGGAGCAGGCAGAGGAGGAGCCGCUUGGUGAAGAUGGCGUUCUGGCUGCUGCCCCUGCUCGCACCUCCAUUUCUUCAGCUAGUUCAGCCAAGUCCCUCAGCUUCCUGUCAUUGCUGAGGGGCGGCCGGAGAGGAGUGGGGGACCGCAGAGUCCACACCGUGUCCCAGCCAGUGGGUCGGCAACGUCGCGGGCUGAAGGGUCUCUUUGGCAAUGUUAAGUUCCGCUCAAAGGAUAAAGAGGACAAGGAGGAAGCACCUCCGAGCCCACUUCUCAUGUCGUCCCGCGCCAACAGUGUGGAGAUCAUCAAGGAGGACCUCACCCUCACCCCCAAAUCCCAGCCUAGAUCUCCGGACAGCUCGGAGAAUGAGAGCUCUACGCCCGUCAAGAGCUUCACCACACAGGACAGUGCAGCCACGUCCCCGUCAAAGACCAUAACUCCCCAGGUGACAGCAGGCAAUGUGAGUAGAACUUAUGAACAUUUGCCACUUUUGCCCACCCCUGAACCACCCUUGAUACCCGGUGAUAACAGCCUGAGCUCCUUGCUGGCAGACAUCUCCUCUCUCCUGACAUUUGACUCAAUCUCAGGGGGUGGAGACAUCAUGGCUGAUGUGGAGGCAGAGUGGGGAAAAGCCAGCAGUGCCAUCAGUGCUUGGGUGAGUGAAGUCUCGCCAUCACCCACAUCUCUCUUCCCCAAACCCACCAUCUCCUCUCCGCUGACUACUACUUUUGUCAGCACUACAGCUACAGCAAAACCCCCCACAACAGCCUCGACCCGAUCCUUUACUUCUCUGACAAAGACAGCUUCAACCUCUUCUCCCAUUGCCAAGCCGAGCACCAUCAUCACGACACUGACCAAAUCUUCCACUUUGACAACUCACUCAGUGAAAUUGAGCUCGGACUCUACUGCAGCCUCUGCCAGCACUAAAAUUAAAUCAGCUCCUACGCCCACACAACUUUCAACUACCCCUGUGACGUUAGCAAGCCUUUCAGUUCCAAUAAUGUCUUCCUCUUCGACAAUUAAAUCCACAACAAGCUCCACCUCUGCUACCACCACAGCUCCCCCGAACACGCCAGCCACUGUAGUAAAGGCUCCCUCGAUUACUCAGACUCUUACCUCGACAGCUAGCAAAUUGGCAUCAGAGAUUGCAGCACCUCCUCCAGUUAUCGCUUCAGUAAGUAGACCUAGUCCUGUCGUCACUCCACCUCCUGUGUCAGCUAAACCUCCACCGCUAACGCGUGGUCCUCCCACCCCUGUUGCUUUUACCCAACCUCCACCUACUAAAUUGGAUUCAGCUACCAGUUUGAACCUGCAAACUUCCACUACCUACAAACCUUCCCUAAGUUCAGCUGCUGGAGAAUCCAAAACCCCAGUGACAGUACCAUCGGCCUGUGCUGUUACAAACAAACCCUCCUUUUCUGCACCAGUUAUCCCUUCCAAGAUAACAGCGGUUCCCACAACUACAACUCCCUCAACUACAACCUCUGGGUCAGUAUCUGUGGCCCUCUCUAAGCCUACAGUCACCCCUAGCCCAGUGGACUUAAAUAAGACCCCUUCCUCCCUUGUUACUGGUCCAGAUCUUUGUCCAUCUUCUACCCCCAGUGCGACAAUUAAAACUCAACCGAGCCCUGCAUCUGUCCCAACUCCAUCAUCAGUUCCUUUAGAUGAGAUUCCUCCCACAACUAAACCCAGUCCUCCUCCAGUCUCUUUAAGAUUAGAUAAUAAGCCCCCUGCUCCCACACCAACUCAAGCCCCUACCUCUCAUGCUGUUGUUUCUACAGCAUCCCCACUACCUCCUGCUCUGGGUCAGAUCCCAGUGUCUCAAUCUAAAGCUCCCCCUGCCCCUACUCAAAUACCAGUUUCUGUGUCUAAAGAUCCCCCUGCUCCUGCUCAGAUUCAGGUUUCUGUAUCUAAAGUUCCUCCGGCGGCCACUCAGAUCCCAGUUUCUGUAUCUAAAGUUCCUCAGGCGCCAGCUCAGAUCCCAGUUUCUGUAUCUAAAGUUCCUCCAGAGCCAGCUCAGAUCCCAGUUUCUGUAUCUAAGGGCCCUCCAGCGCCAGCUCAGAUCCCAGUUUCUGUAUCUAAAGUUCCUCCGGUGCCUGCUGAGAUCCCAGUUUCUGUAUCUAAAGUUCCUCCGGCGCCAGCUCAGAUCCCAGUUUCUGUGUCUAAAGUUCCUCCGGAGCCAGCUCAGAUCCCAGUUUCUGUAUCUAAAGUUCCUCAGGCGCCAGCUCAGAUCCCAGUUUCUGUGUCUAAAGUUCCUCCGGAGCCAGCUCAGAUCUCAGUUUCUGUAUCUAAAGUUCCUCCGGAGCCUGUGGAGAUCCCAGUUUCUGUAUCUAAAGUUCCUCAGGCGCCAGCUCAGAUCCCAGUUUCUGUGUCUAAAGUUCCUCCGGAGCCAGCUCAGAUCUCAGUUUCUGUAUCUAAUGUUCCUCCGGAGCCUGUGGAGAUCCCAGUUUCUGUAUCUAAAGUUCCUCCGGCGCCAGCUCAGAUCCCAUUUUCUGUAUCUAAAGUUCCUCCGGAGCCAGCUCAGAUCCCAGUUUCUGUAUCUAAAGUUCCUCCGGCGCCUGCUGAGAUCUCAGUUUCUGUAUCUAAAGUUCCUCCAGCGCCAGCUCAGAUCCCAUUUUCUGUAUCUAAAGUUCCUCCGGAGCCAGCUCAGAUCCCAGUUUCUGUAUCUAAAGUUCCUCCGGAGCCUGUGGAGAUCCCAGUUUCUGUAUCUAAAGUUCCUCCGGAGCCAGCUCAGAUCCCAGUUUCUGUGUCUAAAGUCCCUCCUGCUCAGAUCCCAGUUUCUGUACCUAAAGCUCCUCCUGCACCCACCCCUGCUCCUUGCCCUGUUACUUCUCUUCCUCCUGCCCCUGCACUGAGUGAAGCCCCAGCCUCUGCUAAGAUGAGAGGGAGUGGACAGGCAUCAGUGGAUUGGCAACUGGCUAGUCGAAGUAGCGCAGUUGCCCACGGGGCCCAGACUGGGCCGUCCAAAACAGAAGAACUGAACAGUGAGUCACAAACAAGUCUCCAGGGCCCCUCCAGAGAAAGGAGGACACCACCAGUUAAGGCAUCAGGGCUUAGCAAAAUACCCGUAGUUGGAGGGGGCAGAGUAGGCAAGCUACCUGUUCGGGACAGCCAACAUGUUGAUGAUGAAGCGAGCAGAAACCCACCUACCCCUGUGUUAGAAGAAGAGAGGCCCCAUUUCAACUCACAUGAUGCAGGGAGCAAAGAUAAAGUCAGUAAUGUCGAGUUCAAUGUGCCCACCUUAAAACACACCCAGGAGGAGAGUCAUCAGCCUCCUCAGCUGAAAGUCCUCACCAGUUUACCGCGUGACUCAAAGAUCCCUGUGAAGCACGGUGCACAGUCUCACACUGCCUCCCAAAUCCCUCAAGCUAAAGAACCCCACCGCACCAAGAUACCUGUGUCUAAGGUUCCUGUCCGCAGGGUUGGUAACAAACCUGCAGUUGCCGGAGGCAGCACCCAGAUAAGAAAAUGAGAGGUCUGGAUCAAGGAUACAGAUUAUGGCUUUGACUGCAACCAUUGUCCACUAUAACUACAUGACCACCCUUUUUUCAUUUAUAUUUCUAUACUGUAAUUCUUGGCUUGUCUCUCUGUCAUCUCUUGGCUUCACUACACCAUAAGCAGCAGUAACAGAGUCAAGGAGGCUGACAGCACUCAAGCACAAAACAUCUCCACAGGGAGCUGAAGCAACAAGCCUGGCUCUUUGGUGCUGAGCCAACUGGACACGCACUCAGGAAAGGUUCGGGGUCACACCUGAACACACAGCAGCAUCGGUAACUAAGGAUAAGCAAAAUAAAAAGGUCUUCUGGAACACAGUCACACACACAACAUGGGCGAGUGCCUUUCUAAGGGUGCUUUUGCAACAGACUUUCAGAAUUUAUUCAAUCUUUUCUACAGUACUUUUAACUUUUGUUACUCCCACUUUUUGUAGGAACCGUCAAAUCUUUUUUGUCUUUUCUUUCCAGAAAGUCUCUUUGAUAACAACCAGGCCCUUUACCUUUUAUUUGUGUCAGGAGAACAAGAGCAGGAGCUCUAUAAAUAAAUGCAAGAACCAAAUUUACAUUCCACACCUAUCUCUGGAUGUAUGUAGCAGAAAACGUGCCAUUAAUUUUUGCACAAGAUGUUGAACUGUACAGCGCCUGUGUCUGCCUGCUCAUAUGUAACUUGAUCAGAUCUCACUGUGAACUAAUGGAGAGACUGUGGUUUGAAGGAGGAGGGGUGGAAACAACUCCUUCCAUUGAAAUGGACAGGCAACAGCAGCCAUUAUGAAUGGCACUGUGGACGUUUGAACAAGACAGGGAGGAUGCUGAGAUGAGAUCUCCAGCUCGUACACUGGCACAUCCUUAUCCUUAUCCCACUUAUACUGUAAGAUGAGAACGAUAUUUCUGUGUAUAGUCUCAUCUAUGUUGUUCUGUUUCCUAUUUAAUCAAUAAAACAAUAUGAAUACUUAGCAAGAUGA